CAGUAAUAAGACUACAUGCGCUGUCAUUCAUAUAGGUCCACCCUCCAAAAAGAACCCCAUUUGACACCGGAAACCUGCUUUAAUCUUUCCCCUACUAGCUCUACAAGUAGUUGCACGGUUCCAGUUAGAGUCUCAAGGCCACCCUCUUCUGCAGCCAUGCCACGAAUCGAAAAUGAUGUCAAACUUGACUUCAAGGACGUGCUUCUGCGUCCCAAACGAAGCACUCUGAAAUCUCGCAGUGAGGUGGAUCUCAUGCGCAGUUUCACAUUCAGAAACUCAAAGGGCAGUUAUCGUGGAAUUCCCAUCGUAGCCGCCAACAUGGACACUGUGGGGACAUUUGAAAUGGCCUUAGCAUUACAUCAGUUUAGUCUCUUUACAGCCAUCCAUAAGCAUUACUGUGUGGAUGAUUGGAAGGAGUUUGCUACAAAGAACCCUGAAUGCUUACAGAGUGUAGCAGUCAGCACAGGGACAGGUGAAGGAGAUUUUGAGAGACUGGGGGCCAUUGUGGCUGCUGUACCUCAGAUUCAGUACAUAUGUGUUGAUGUAGCAAAUGGUUAUUCUGAACACUUUGUCAACUUUGUGAAAGAUGUGAGGCAGAAGUUCCCCACUCACACUAUCAUAGCUGGCAAUGUGGUCACAGGAGAGAUGGUGGAAGAAUUGAUUCUUGCUGGUGCUGACAUCAUCAAAGUGGGCAUUGGCCCAGGUUCUGUGUGUACCACUCGUAAGAAGACUGGUGUGGGGUAUCCUCAGCUGAGUGCAGUCAUUGAGUGUGCUGAUGCCGCACAUGGCCUGGGUGGACACAUUAUAUCUGAUGGUGGCUGUACCUGCCCAGGUGAUGUUUCCAAGGCAUUUGGUGCAGGGGCUGACUUUGUAAUGCUGGGAGGAAUGCUUGCAGGUCAUUCAGAGAGUGGGGGUGACAUCAUAGAGAAGAAUGGCACAAAGUAUAAACUUUUCUAUGGCAUGAGCUCGGACACAGCCAUGAAGAAGCAUGCAGGAGGUGUAGCAGAGUACAGGGCAUCGGAGGGCAAGACGGUUGAAGUGCCUUACAAAGGGCCUGUGGAUGUGACAGUAAGAGAUGUGCUGGGAGGAGUUCGCUCCACCUGUACAUAUGUGGGCGCUGGCAAGCUGAAAGAGUUAAGUCGUCGAACCACCUUUAUUAGGGUGACCCAACAACUCAACACUGUGUAUGGAAAUAACUAAGGCAGGCCAUUUCUGAGGUCUAACUGGGUCCUUAUUGGGCCAAAUCAUAACGACAGGUCAUUGUCAAAGGUCAUAUGCAUGUUCACACACCUCUUAUGCUCAUUUAGGGAUAUAUAAUUUGUAUUUUAGGGUUUGCACAGCUAUGAAAUUUUCAGUUGAAUUUACCAGGAGUUAAUAAGAACACAAUUACUUAAUUUUUCUUGCAUUCCAUCUAUUUUAAUUUUUACUUAAUUAUAAUAAAGGACACGGUUAAAAAGAAUGUGUUUAAUAUAUUACACCUUACUGAAAGUGUAUGUUUUGUGCAGCUUUUUUUUUUUUAAUUAUCACUGCCUUCAAACUGAAGUUGACUUCUGUUCAUUAGUUUUAGUCCAAAUGCUCUAUUAGAGACUUAUAUUUUAUCUUCAGGUACUAUUUUAGAAUGUGUUGUAAAGCUGAAUGUCUAUGCCUGAUGUUUUAUAUUUCUGUAACCUGAUAUUUUUGAUACAGUUAACUAUUUCCAUGCUAUUCACACUCACUGGACCAACUCAUAACCUUGAAAGGAUUACCAGUGUUAUCAGUGUAUUAUACUAUGCUAUAGACAUCUGUUAUACUAUAUAUCACCUAUUAUCUAUAUUGUCUCUAGAGUAGACUAUAUUUUCUAUUUUGUAGCAUACAUUUGAAGACCAAGGCCAUGGCAUUUUAUGCUUAGCAUACUAUGCACUCUCUUUUGCUGAAAAAUGAUAGUAGUAUUACAUACGUGAUUGUUGUAUGUAACCAACACAAGUGUAUUACACACACCUUUGAAAUCUUAAUAGGUUCCUGGCAUGGUAUUAGCAUAAUUGUAUGCAUUUAGCCCAAUUUUAUACUUGACACAUCUUGAUUAACCUUAAUAAUUGAAUCUUUACCUUUUUAUUUGUUUUUUACACACUUCAUAUUUCAGCCAUUCCAUUGCUGUUACUGUCCUCAUUGAUUAAAGUGUCUCUGAUUGUGAAGUUGCUGCCGGUGCAUGAAAUGUUGAAAGAAAGUCAGAUCUUGGCUAAUUAGUGGAUGAUUUAAUGUGAUCCAUAUUGAUUUGUAUCUUUUGUAUUGUUGUUAAAUCUGAUUGUUGUUCCAAAUAUGUCAUUUGGAAUAAUUGCACUUCAAAUUAUUUUAGAUUUUAAUCAAAUGUUAGCUUUCCUGUAUUGUAUUGCGAAAAUAAAACGGU